AUGGGCACGAUCUUCGAUGCGCUUACUGCGCGUAGAUUGCGAGGAUCUUUGCAGACGUUGCUCUCGCCACAUCAGACCCGACCCGAUGAGUCCGAACGUUCAUAUCCACGAUAUGUGUGUGCGCGCAAGAGUCAUAGCAGCGGCAGAAAGGGACGGAUAUCGGUCUAUCGAGUUCGCGGCAAGUAUCCAAGCGAGCACGGACAAAUAGCGAAGCUAUACUCAAACGUUCGUGGUGCCGAUCUCGAUGAAGAUGAGCGAGGAAGCUUCGCCGGCGUUAAGCGUAUCUCAAGCGAAGGCAGGGGUCGUAGGGUGAGGCAAAAGAUGGAUCAGGCUGCAGACAAGCUGAAGAAAAACAAAGGAAAGGCGAAGACUUUAGCUAUCAAAACUGCAAAGCCAAGAGACGCCGGUCCUAUCAAGAGGGCUAAAGGCAACGGCACCGCACAGUCAGAAGACUUUGCGCAGGACGAAAUCUCAACAGCGGAACCGAGUGCAGAACACGCAUUGCGCCAGGAAAUACAAAGGUCUGUGCAACAAGAGUUGGCUCUCUCAACUUCAAAAGAUCAGUUCGGCCGACAGUUAGUACCCACGGUAGCAAAACCUUCGAAGAAAGGUCAGCAGGCCGCCGCAAGCCGCGGCACCAAAGUAGUCAAAGAUGGGAGACACAAUCAGAAGAAAGUGUUCAGGGACAGACGACAAGAUUCGGACAGUUCUAUUGUUCUAGAAGCGACAGCCACUUCGUUCAGACAGCCUGGAAUGACGUCCCAAGAUUCAGACGCUCUGGUUUUUGGUGUGGGCUCUCAAAGGAUACCGCGGAGCGAUCUACGAGCCGACCUCAUGCACGAUUGCAUUACGCCAGACGUGCAUACACAUGCGUCACAGACCCCCGAAGACGAUCGCCUAGUCGAAGUUGACGGACAGCAAACGGACCUGUCUAACCUGUCACAGAAGCUGUUGGCACUAAACCUUCAGCGAUUGACAUCUAGUCUCGGUGCAGCCGAGAAGCCCACGACGUCGCUACCACCAGUUCUCUCUACUGUGUCAAAGUCGAAACUGAGGUUCGGCAAAGUCGCGCCGACUGUACCCCGCGAUAUUCAACCCCGCCGGCCGAGGUUUGAUCCGUAUGGUGACGAUGAUGAGACAGUGUCAGGUGAGCAAACUGCUGAUGCUUCGCGGUAUCUGCCUUUGCAACGUCUGCAGCAGUCGCCUAGUGCUUCAACGCAUGUUCAUUAUCUUGAUCCGAUCAACCGUGACCCUCAGACUGAUACGCCUCCUGGUUCACCUCCGUACAAGUCAAAUUAGUAACGGCCUUCCAUAAUAAGGAAAUGCAUCCUGUUAAUUGCAUUGAAUCCUUGUGGCGAAUGUUAUAUAUGCAACGAAAGAGGGGGAUUUGUAGAGAAAGCGAAAACUGGGGUAUUGUUGAAGCGCCGCUAUAUCAUCAAAAGCAACCAAAUAGCCAACUCAAUCUUAGCCGGCUUGUCAACGCAAUUCGUAUGGCUCGCAAUCUCCGUCC